ACGAUGAACUCGCAGAGCGUCAGUAAACGGGAAUUAGAAGCUUUCAGAGGCGAUGCCGUGGGUAAUGAUAAUGAUCUCCACAGUAGCAAAUGGGUAAACGACACUCUAAAGUCUCUAAACGAGAUUGGCAAGAAUAGCUGGACGAAAGAGCUAGAAGAUCAGCUUUGUGCUCUGUGGUAUCUGACAAACUUGAAAGGAGAUGUGAUAUCGCACCUUAUGUUGUACGAUUUCCCCAAGAUAGCGAAGAGAGUACUGGUGAUUUCAACCGAACCACGAUUGAUUGAAAUAAUCUUGGGUAUCAUUGGCAAUGUAUGCAGCAGUGAUAAAGCGGCCAUCGAUACAAUAGGCCGCGAUCGAGAGCUAGUCACACAAAUCCUGAGCUAUUUAAAAUCCGACAACUCGUUAAUAUUGAUUCAACUUGUCAAGAUCUUGAAGGAAAUGUCGGAUCAAAUCAUAAAAAAAGCUCGAUCAGUUUGGGUAGCUUAUUUUACGAAAUGUGCAUUUUUCGGAGAUUGUAUAAUCUCUAUAUUAAUGACUUCGACUAAUGAUGAAUUACUAACCGGUACAAUGGAUUUGGUUGCAUCUAUAUUUAUUGGUGCACGUUUGGCGAAGAAAAACAAAUUGUGGGAGAAACUGUUUAAAAUUGACCAAUUCAUUGUUGCGAUGUUAGAAUCGUUUACGGGGAUAAUGGCGAGAGAAACGAGAACAAUGAGAGAGACGAGUCGCUUUGAAUGGAAGUUUGCCUAUAACUGGCUUGGAUGCUUAAAUCUCAUCAUAAUAGACCCCAACCACGUGGUUGAAGGCGAAAUCUGUGAUAAUGGAGAGAUGCUUUUGAAACUUUUGGAGAUUAUAUAUAGAAUAUUGGAACCGUGCAAUAAGUUACAUAAUUUAUAUCCAAUUCGGGAAGCAAGUGCCUUCCUGAUUUACAAUGCUACGUGUAUACUGUCAAGUAUCAUAAAUUAUAAUGUGAAUGUGGGAGAAAUAAAUCACAUUCUAGCGACUAUAACUUUCUCCCUUAGAAUGGUUUCAGAAUCUCGUUUUAAAGAAGAGCUAGAUCCCGAGGAACUCGUACCCGGUCUUUCAAAUUACCUAGAUAAAUACUGGUCACGUAUGUCACAUAUUAACCGACAAACCGACCAACAGAUUGCGGAAAUAUAUCGUCAAU